AUGGGCUGGACAUACAACACCAAAGAUCCCGACGCCCCCACAAUUGGGCCCAUGAUCACGGGUGUUGCCACCGCCCUUACCUUCCUCUCGUUCGUCACUGUCUGCCUUCGGACCUACGUGCGAGCGCGCUUAAUCAAGGCAUUUGGGAUUGAGACAAAAUGGGGCCUUGGCUUGCUGAAUAUCGAAGACUUGCCGCCUGAAGAUGUCUAUAACUUUGGUCUUCUCCAGUACAUGGGUGCCCCUUUCUACAUCACCAGCAUCCUCGGCUUCAAACUCGCCCUCCUCUUCUCCUACAUCCGCUUCGUUCCGAUCGGCGCCUACCGCCUUACGCUGUUCACCGUGAUCACAGCCUGCGUGCUGUUCCACCUCUCCUUCCUCCUCGUCCAACUCAACCUCUGUCAACCGGCCCGGAAACAGUGGGAUCCGACAAUCACUUACGGCUCAUGCAUCCCCGGCGUGCCCUUUUACACCUCCAUGGCCUCGAUAACAAUCGUCUUUGACGUAAUAGUCAUGCUCCUCCCCUUCCCGCUCCUCCUCCAAUCGCACAUCCAAACCCGCAAGAAGCUCAUCCUCCUCGGCCUCUUCGGCCUCGGCAUCUUCAUCACCGUCAUCCAGGUCGUGCGCAUCCAGACCGUCGCCCGCCUCGCCGACUACACCGACUCGGCUCCGCUGAUCCUGUGGUCCGCCGUCGAGAACAACCUCGGCCUCAUCGUCGCCAACGUGCCCACCCUCGCGCCGCUGGUCAAGUAUUAUAGUGAGCGUACCUCGCGGGGGGGCAGCGGCGGCGCUACUGCUGGUGGGAGGAGUACGGCUGCGCGUCGUCGUCGGGGUCGGGGUCUGGGUGGUGGUGGUGGUGGUGGUGGUGGUGGUGGUGGUAGUAGUGGGGGUGGGACGGCGACGUUGGUGAGUGGGGGAAGAGAGGGAGGGAAGGUGGCCUCGUGGUAUGGGGGGUGUCGGGAUGUGUGGCGGUCGCGGGCGAAGGAUGGGAUGGAGACGUUGGCGAGUAACGCGACUGAGAUGGGGAGUUUUGACGAGGAGCGGGCUAGUGGGGGUGGUGGUGGUGGUAAUAGGGGGAAGAACGGGAGUAAGGAUUCCGUGCUGUUAGGGAUUUGUAGGGUUGGUGAUGGGAAUACGGGGGAUGUGGAUGUGGAGGCGAGCCACCAUAACCGGUGCGCGACGCCGGGGGGGAUUACGAAAAAGGUUGAUAUUGUUAUUACGAGGAGUUGA